AUGGAGAAGACAAACGACUCGGCCGCUGCGGCAAUGGAGCCAUCCCGGACGCACGACGACAAUGACCGUAAAGUCGAACACACGAACAACAACAAGGUCGAAGCAGCUGAAGCCCAAGUCGCUACAGCCAAGGAGCAUGGCUUAACGCUCACGCAAGCCCUCAAGGCUUACCCAAAGGCUAUCGGAUGGAGUAUCCUUCUCUCGUCCGCCGUCGUGAUGGAAGGCUACGACACUAUACUUAUUGGCUCUUAUUUUGGAUUUCCAUCGUUCAACAACACCUUCGGGAAUCAGGUCGUCAACGGAGAACCGUCCAUCACUGCACCGUGGCAAAGUGCCGUUGGCAAUGGCGCUUACAUCGGAGAGAUCUUGGGCCUUCAAUUGACCGGUUACUUCGUGGAAUGGUACGGCAACAAGAAAGUCAUGGCGGGCGCAACGGUGUUGAUGAUUGCAUUUAUCUUUAUCUCGUUCUUUGGAGAGACUCUGCCACUGCAACUGGUCGGUCAGAUUUUGUGUGGUAUCGUCAUCGGCCAGUUCAUCGCUUCUGGAGUUCUGGUUGGCGUCCAGAACCGGACCGAUGAAUGGGGUUGGAAAAUACCGUUCGCAAUCCAGUGGGUCUGGCCACUGCCAAUCAUCGCAGUCUGCCUCCUGUGUCCCGAAUCGCCAACUUGGCUCGUCUCGCACGACCGCACAGAAGACGCUGUCAAAGCCGUCGGUCGCCUCCAGUCUCCCAACACCGGUGUGGAUCUUCCCACUCCCCACGAGACGGUUGCCAUGCUCUCGCAGACCGAUGCCAUCGAAAGGCGUUUGACGUCAGGCGCGGGAUAUCUCGAGUGCUUCAAGGGCACCAACCUCCGUCGUACAGAGGUCGCCGUCGGCACCUGGGUCACGCAGCAGAUGUGUGGUCCCGUCUUGCAAACCUACGCCAUCGUCUUCUUCCAACAAGCUGGCAUGACCUCGGAGGAGUCCUUCGACAUGGGACUUGGCCUCUACGCGAUUGCUUUUGUUGGGACACUGCUCUCGUGGCCGAUGAUCAAGCAGUUCGGUCGGCGACCCAUCUUCCUCACAGGCCUAAGCUGUGCUUUUGUCACUCUAAUGAUAGUCGGCUUUCUAUCUCUGGGCGAUACGUCGAACAACACCAGCCUUCAAUGGGCCAUUGGUGCAAUGUUGCUGGUCUACACCUUCAUCUAUGACAGCACCAUCGGACCUCUCACAUAUGUCAUCGUCCCGGAAGCGCCGUCCUCCCGUCUCCGACACAAGACGACUGUCCUGGCCCGUAAUGCAUACAACAUCACGUGUAUCUGGACCGGUGUCAUUACUCCAUAUAUGCUUAAUGAGACCGCAUGGAACUGGAGUGCCAAAUCCGGCUUCUUCUGGGCUGGAAGCACCGCCAUCUGUCUGACCUGGGCAUUCUUCCGUUUGCCCGAAUCGAAGAAUGCCACGUUCGCCGAACUCGACCUGCUAUACGAGCGUGGAGUGUCUGCACGCAAGUUCAACAAGGAAAGAGAGGCUAUCAUCGCCGAGGACAUGGACUACCACUGA